CCGGAGGGCAGGACCGGCGCCGGGUGGGAGGCACGGUUGCUCCGCUGGGCUCUGGGAGCCCGGCCCCGGUUCUGGCCCCGCCAUGGUGCGGCUGCACGUGAAGCGCGGUGACGAGAGCCAGUUCCUGCUGGAGGUGUCUGUCAGCCAUCGCCUCGCCGACCUGGCUCCUCUGGUCGCCCGCAUCUACAAUGGGAGGCUGAAAGUGCAGCGCCUCUGCUCAGAGAUGGAGGAGCUGGCAGAGCAUGGCACUUCUUUGCCUUAUAACAUGCAAGGACUGACAGAUGAGCAAAUUGAAGAACUGAAGUUAAAGGAUGAGUGGGCAGAAAAGUGUGUACCCAGUGGUGGAAGUGUCUUCAAGAAGGAUGUAAUGGGGCGAAGAAAUGGACAUGCUCCAAAUGAAAAAAUGCAGCAAGUUAUAAAGAAGACAAUAGAGGAAGCCAAGGCAUUAAUCUCUAGGAAACAAGUUCAGGCCAAUGUGUGUGUUAAUAUGGAGACGGUGAAAGAUGCAUUGGACCAGCUCCGGGGGGCUGUGAUGAUUGUGUAUCCAAUGGGAUUGCCUCCACAUGAUCCAGUUAGGAUGGAGUUUGAAGAUAAAGAAGACUUGUCAGGAACACAUGCUGGACAUGCAGUUAUAAAAGAAUCACAAGCACAAUUAUGGUGGGCAGGAAAGGAAUUGAAAGAAACAAAGUUGCUCUCUGACUAUGUAGGCAAAAAUGAGAAAACAACCAUCAUUGUCAAGAUACAAAAAAAAGGAGAAGGAGCUCCAGGACGUGAACCUCUGAUUAGUCAUGAAGAACAAAAACAGAUGAUGCUGCAUUACUACAGAAAGCAGGAGGAACUUAAGAAACUAGAAGAGGAUGAUGACGACUCAUUUCUAAAUGCUGAGUGGGCAGACAACCAGGCUUUGAAAAGGCAAUUUCAUGGUGUAAAAGACAUCAAGUGGGGGCCAAGGUGAAGCUCUGCAAACACCUCUUGAAGCUGUUUGGUUGAUACAUUUAUUUGCAAUGAAGAGUUGUGUGCUGUAGAUUCUGCUGACAAAAGCUGAAGUUUCCACUUCCGUAGCAGAUGCCCCUUUCAGCCUUAGUUUUUCAAUAAAAAAUUUACACUUCUGUGUGGCUGUAGCAGCAUUCAUCUCUGCAAGGAGCAGAGUCAAUCCUGUUGAAGUCUGUCAUUAUAUUAGAAACUUGUAACUUGAAUAUUAGAAACAUUAAUUUAAAUAUUGAAACGUUGAGCUAUUUUGUAGAUAAUAUAGCCAGUAAAUAUGCACUAGAAUGUUUGGUAUCGUUUUGAGUGGUCUUUAUACUUUCUUCCUGAUUCUUUUAUUUCUUUUAGAGGGUACAUUGUGUAGAAGGUAACUUACAAAAUAAGAAACCAUUUUUUCUAGGCUAAUGCAGUGAAAGUGUUUUUUAUGUGCUUGUUUGCAUUUCAACAUAGCUUGUUUUGAAAUAUCACUUUCAAAUUAAUCAACCUCUUAACAACUGUUUAAAGAAAGUAUUUUUGUAUAAAAAAAAAUAACUCUAAAAAGCUUAAUUUUAAUUCUUUUUGUUUAGUGUUCUUUGACACUGAAAACCAUUCUUGGUCAGUUUAACAAUCUGUUAGCCUUGAUGCUUUUAUAAAGAGAUUAGCACAAAUCUGUUUACAAAAGCAAGUAUCUCUUGUAAGUAGAUUGGUUGCAGUAACACCAAAUUUAAUAAAGCAAGAUCUUUAACAUGGAAA